GAAUCAAAAGUGCCUAUUAUCCUUUCCUUUUCUUGCAAGACCAAUUUGCCAGCAAGCGGCUAUCCACUUUGCGUGUAAUUCCACUUCCCCCGGACAACAAAACUCACUCAUUUCCACCCCCCAAACAACCUACCUCCUACAUUUCUGCUAAAACAAAAUGUCGGAUUAUCUCCCAAAGGACAUUCUUGUCGAAAUCCUCUCAAAACUCCCAAUAAAAACCCUCGUGCAAUGCACAACAAUAUCCAAAUCAUGGUAUUCCUUAAUCACUAACCCCAAUUUCAUCUCUAUCCAUUACAAUACCCACAGCAUCAAAUCCCAUCGCCGUCCUUUACUCUUCCUCCGACACUACAACAUGUUCGAUAAAGUCGAACGUUACGCUUUACACUUCGACAAUGACGAUGAGGAGGAGGAGGAGGAAGGAGAUGUGGUUGAUUCAUUCGAGGAGUAUCUCGAACUGGAAUGUCCCAAGACAAGUUGUAAUGAGUAUUUAAGAAUUGUUGGUUGUUGUAACGGUCUUAUUUGUUUGUCUGAUGAUUAUGAUAAGUAUACGGAAGCUGUUGUGUUGUGGAAUCCUGUUAUUCGUUCACAUCUGGAAUUGCCGCGACCGAAUUUGGGGUAUAAUGGACGUGGGUCUUGUGUUUACGGGUUUGGAUAUGAUGGGUUCAAGUGUGAUUAUAAGGUUGUUAGAGUUGUUUAUAAUAGUACUGCUACUGAGGAUUAUAAGUUGGAGAUUCCACCCAGUGUUGAGUUUCUUGAUAAGUUGAGGGCUGUUAAGUUCUUGGUUCCACCUGGGGUUGAGGUUUAUUCAUUGAGUAGUGGGGCCUGGAGGACAGUUUCUGAUGUGUGUGGUAACUAUAUGUUGCAUCAGAAUCAUUCUGUUUCGACUUUUGUUAAUGGAGGUGUUCAUUGGAUUGCGUCUAAUUCAAGUGAUGAUGAUGAUGGUAGUAGUAGUAGUAGCAGCAGGAGCAGUGGUAAUGGUAAAGAUGAUAGCUUUAUCAUAGCGUUUGAUGUGGGGACGGAAAAGUUUAGUGAAAUAAGGUUGCCGGAUAGUGUUGCUGAGAGAAGUGUAAUGAAAUUAGAUGUGAUGGUUAAGGGGGCGUUGCUUGCGUUAAUUGAGUAUGAAAAGUUUUGGCAGAGUGACUAUUGCUGGAUAUGGGUGAUGAAAGAGUAUGGUGUGGUGAAGUCUUGGAGUAGACUGCAUAGUAUUGAUUUGAGAGGAGGAUUUAGGAAUGUUGUGGGAUUUAGGACUCAUGGUGAGUUGUUGAUUUCUGCCAGAAUGGUAGGAAUGGUUUCAUAUAACCCCAAGAAGAGAAGCAUAAGCUAUCUUGGAAUCCAUGGCACGAAUCGCUCAUUUCAUGGUGAGCCUUUUUUCGAGAGCCUGGCUUUAGUUGGGAGAGAAGAUAAAUUUGUGCAGCAGGAAAAUUCAACUUCUAAUGUUGUUCAAGAAGUUGGGUCUAUACUGGAUAAUGGUGAAGAUGGAACUGAGGGACAUACAUGAAGGUUGGUCCAGAUCCACCUUGUAUAGGGAGAAGAUGCAUGCUAAAAUGCUUGUAAGUCAAUGGUUCAUAUAGUAAAUCGUACUUUUGGUGACUUCACAUCAAGGAAGUUAUGGCGGUUCUAUGUGGAUUCAAACAAUUGUAGCAGGUCUCAUAAAGGACACUUUCAGUGUUUAAAUCUAAGGAGGCUUGUUUAGUGAUCCAAAAAUUCCGAGGAGUUUGAGGUAGGAGUUUCUGGAAGAAGAAUAGAAGGGGAGGUUGGUGAACAUAUUAUCACAAGGGUAAAAUUUACCAGUUGUUUUAUCAAAGUCUUUUCUUCUUUUCUUUUUACUUUUUUCCUUUUGGGUGGUGAUUCAAGGUACAUCAUGAUGCCCUGUCACACUCUCCCCUUCAUCAAGUUAAUGCUAACAAUGGAUUUUUCCCAUUUCUAAAAAAUAGAAAUUUUUCUCUCCUGAGACACCCACAUUUUCCUCCUGGUGCUACUUCAUCCAUCUAUGUCAUGUAUCCUGGCCCCCCUCUUCCUGAGCCACUGCAGCAUACUGCUGGAUCCAAUCCCCCAUUGGGCAUAAGGUUAAACGGAGCUGAAGAGACUGGUGCAAAGUUAGGGGAGAUGUGAGGGAAGCAGUGUUGCUCGCAUUACAAGUCUUCCUGUGCGAAGGACUAAUAUGUGAGUUGACACUUUCUAUAAGCCUCUGCUGGACCCAGAAGAUAUACAGAAAUUCAAGACAAGUACGGCUACUGCCUAAUCAGUAUCUUGACAAACCAACUAUAUCCUUUUCCACUUGGGUCAUUGUUGUGCGUUAUCAUGUUUUCAUAUCUAUGCUUGUUCUCCUUGGUAAUGGUCUUAUCCUGUCUCUUACAUUGAAAAAUCUCUAAAAAUUCUCUAUCUUGUUGGCCACUCAAGGAGUGUGGUUGGAGAAAGUCUCUCUGCUCCUCAAGGGAGAAGGUGUUGAGAGGGAUGGGGUAUGUAUACUUGCCAAACAUUCCCCAAAAAAAAUGAGUGGGAUAUAUAUAUUGGAUGGUCAAGGGCUAGGAUUUUGGGAUGGUUGAUCGAUUAAUGGUGCAGGCAGUAAGGGUGAGGAAGGGGAACAAGGAUUUCACUCUGGAGUUUCUUUACUUUUGUCGUGUAAAUAUGGUGGUUGAUUUACUUAUUAAAAUAUGUUUUACUGAAGCUCUUAAGCAUUUUUUUUUCUUUGUUAUUUGUGACAAAAUGUGCAUCUGAAUAACAGAUGUUUAGUGGGAAUUUAACUUCUUGCUCUUUGCUGAUAAUGGCUGCCGUUCAAGGUGUUCUUGCUAAUUUGGUUAGUAAUAGAUUCAUACCCUAGUUAUCAGCCUCUUUUGCUAGAAUAAGAACUUCAGCUUCGGUUACAAAAUGUCUUUCAAGUUUACAUGUGAUGAAAAGGGCAUGCUGCUAAGUGCUGAUGUGCCGGUGUCCUGAAUAAUACAGGUGCAUCAAUGAGAAUUGAGUAAACUAUUUGCAAGACACAUUGCCGUAAAUAUUUCAUGCAUUGAAUAGAAGAAACUGUAUUCUUUGGAUAUCUUUUGCUCGGGUUGAGUAGUCAUCGCAGUCUUGGAGGUUCUUGGUUCUCCUUGGACUAUGUCCCCAGCCCCAACCUUCCGUCAUCUUCUCUUUUGUGGAUGCUUUGCUGGCUGCCAUUCAAGAUGUAGUCUGAUUUAGGCAAACUUUUUCAGGAAUAGUAGGUUGCAGCAAUGCUACAGUAGAAGGAAGAUAAUAUUGGAGAGGUUUUACUGGUUCACAACCAUGGAUUAUCAAGCAUCCUUAUCAUGUGAUGCUGGCUUCUGACAUCGUCACCUGGUCCAAUGUUAAUAUUUUUCGUUGAACGACUAGCAAAAUGUAAUUGCAUACUUGGCUCUGUAUAUAUCUAGAAAAUUUAAGGGUUUGCAUAUGAAACAAAAGAAGAUAGAUUGCUUGUGCAAUGACCUAUAAUGUGGGUGUCUAUGCUGCGUUGUUAAUUA